AUGUCUGGCUUGCAAUCUAUGUCUUUACUGGAACUAGUAGGGUUGGAAGGGUGGGGCACAUAUAGGAAUGAAGUGGGCCACUUCUGGAGGCUAAUAAGUGAAGAUAAUGUUGAUAUGGCUUCUUCUUGGAUAGGUGGAAUCCAUCCCUGGGCCUUGAUGGAACAGGCAGGACUCAGAUGGACCAAAGUCUGGAAGAAGAUUAGGCAAGUCUAUGUUAAUAUUCAAACUGAGGAAACUCUACAGGAGUUGUACAGAGGUUUAUAUACUGGAGGACAUAUGAGGGGAUUAGUGCAUGGAUCUGGACCAAUAGUAGACUGGAGGUCUGGAGGCAUGGAUAAGGUGACAGGACAUUGGAAUACAAAAGAAUGGAAGUUGUGGUCUGAGCUUCUAUCUUUCUCAGAGCUCAAGGAAAGUCACAGCAGGGUGAACAUGGGUGACAAGCUCUAUGAUAUCUUAAAGAAGUAUAAUGUCACAUACAAAACUCAGAACUUGACCUCCAACAAUGUCACAUUGAAUGACAAAAGUGCCUGGAUUCUCACCAACAAGCUGAAAGCUGAUGGAGUAAAAUUCAUAGAGAACAAUGCUUAUAGUGGCCAAGGGGAGAUUGAUUCCAAUCUCAAUGACAAGGAUACUGAGGAAGAAAUUGAGGCUCUUAUGCAAUAUAUUGACAAUGCAGCUGCAAACUUUAUCGCAAAGGCUGUCAUCAAAUUCACAAAUAAUGCAGAUGACUCUGAUGAAGUCCCAAACAUCAAUAAGAACCAGCAAAACUAUUCAAGCUACAAGUUCUCUGAAGACAAGUGGAAGCUGCUUAAUCUUAUUAAGAAGAUUGCAGCAUCAAUUCAGGAAGAUUUCACUGCAGAGUACUACUGA